AUGUGCCAGGGAGAACUUUCUCGGGGUGCUACCAAGUUUUCAGAACUUGGUGCUGGUGCUGUUCUCAGCCCCAACUCUCAGCGUGCGAUGCAAUUGAUUGACCCUCGUAUAUUUGAAGGUUUUCAGCGACGAGCGGCUUUUGGCGUAGAUCCGCCUGAUGAGAAUGGCAUCUUUCCAUGGAUGACGAUGACUAAGGGUCAGUCGCUGGACAUUGGUGAGCCGGUUAUGCAGUGGAAUCAUGAGAUCAGAGGCUCUACUAUUCACCGAGCGCAUUUCCUUGAUGAGUUGGCUGAGCUUAUCGAACCCAACCACGCUCAUUUUGGCAAGAGCGUGACCAAAAUUAGUGAAAAUGGCGACGAUAACCCAAUCAUUCUAAAUUUCAAGGAUGGUACUACAGCGGAGGCUGACUUGGUUAUUGAGCUGGUACCUGACCAUGGCACAACUCUUGGCUGGUCGAUCUGGGAAAUGCCUCCAGCUCCGACCUACUACAAGGGACGAGUGGCAAUCAUGGGGGAUGCAGCUCAUGCUUCAACUUCCUAUCAAGAUGCCGGUGCAGGUCAGACAAUCGAAGAUUCACUCGUUAUGGAACGGCUGCUUGGAAAAUAUUUCGACCCUGAAAGGGAAAAAGUGCACGCUCUCGACACCGUCGAGACUACACAUCUUAUUUUCCAAGCUUUUGGCACAGUACGCCGUCAUCGAAGCCAAAAGUUUCAGACGACUAGCUCCGAAACUGGUAGAAUUCUAACUGGUGCUGAGCCUGGCGUUUCAAUGAAAGCAGCAGAUAUGAGCAAGAGGAUGGACGGUCGCCAGGACUGGAUGUGGAACUAUGACCAGGAAAUGCAGGUCAAAGAUGCCAUGUUGAUUUUUGAGGAAGUGGAGUGGUCUCGAGCACGAAAUGCCGCUAAUUCUUCGGCUUAA